UUGGAACGAAGUAUACCAUGAUGAGAUGGACAAACUUAAGGAACUCUGCAAGGAUGAUGAAGAUAAGUUCUUAGCCAUGAGAGAUGAACUAUCAUCCAAGAUAGCUUCCGAAGAUCCUGCGGUUAUUAGUGAGAUAAUGAAUAAUGUUAAUAUGCGAUUGCGGAAUUACAAUGACCAGUUAGGUUACGAAUCCGAGGGUGAAAUCGUAUUUCGUGGUAUGAACCCAGUCUCACCUCAAAAAGAUGAUCCGUACAAGAAAGAGAAAGUAAGUGUUGCGAGCGUCAUAGCUGAACUGGAAAAAAAUCCGUCCGAGGAUGAGUUGGAUAAAAUAAAUGAGAAGCUAGUGCAAUACAUCAACGACCUACUCCAUAAGAUAGAAAAGACUGAAGUUCAUGAUAAUCCGACUGCCUCAGUCUCAGCUGACACGGCUGCCACAGAUGAUGACAACCUGGAUAAGCCUGUUGCUGCAAAAAAUGAACAACUCAAUGCCCCAGUGAAAAAAAAAAUAAGAAAUAAAAUUUCGAGCCUAUUUCAUGUGCACAAGAAGGACCACAAUAAGGAGUGAUCGGAUACAGGCAUACACAACAUUGUUUUGUUAAAUCACAAAUUAAGAAAUGUUGUAACAUUUAAAUUUCUAAUAAAGAUAUGGUU